ACCGAUCUCUUUUGUUCUCUCUUCUAAUGUCGUCUCUGAAGCCGCUGCCACCGUCGCCGCCGCCGCCGUCUUCAACUCGGCGAGACUUCUUUAGCACGCGAAAUCCCAAGAAACGGUUGGCAACUCCGGAUUCCAUUUUCUUAAUGGACCCCGAAGUGAUCGAGAUCCCUCCUCCGGUUCCUAGCUCUUUGAGGUCUAACAAGAAAAAACAGGUUGUUAUUCAUGAAAUAAUUGACGCCGAUAAGGAUAAAGAUUCAAGUGAUAUAGUGAUCCUUGAUGAGAUGGUUGAUGUAAGGAACAAAGGGAAGGCAGUAAAAAGUAGCCACGGUGUCUAUAGUGCUAUUCAAGCUGAGGAUUUUGUGGCCAAACCUACUGGUUCAAUAAACAAGGUUGAACCUUCUAAGAAUUCUACCCAAGGAUCACACAAUGUAUAUAACCUAGAUUGUGAUUUGGCCUGUGAUGAUGAUUUAUUUGAGAACUAUUACCUUGGUGAUCAUAUGAAUGUUGACGAGUAUGCCAUGUUGCAAGCACAUUUUGAUAAUUUUGAUAUUCCUGCUGGAGUAAAGAUUCAAGAAAUAAUUGACGCCGAUAAGGAUAAAGAUUCAAGUGAUAUAGUGAUCCUUGAUGAGAUGGUUGAUGUAAGGAACAAAGGGAAGGCAGUAAAAAUUAGCCCCGGUGUCUAUAGUGCUAUUCAAGCUGAGGAUUUUGUGGCCAAACCUACUGGUUUAAUAAACAAGGUUGAACCUUCUAAGAAUUCUACCCAAGGAUCACACAAUGUAUAUAACCUAGAUUGUGAUUUGGCCUGUGAUGAUGAUUUAUUUGAGAACUAUUACCUUGGUGAUCAUAUGGAUGUUGACGAGUAUGCCAUGUUGCAAGCACAUUUUGAUAAUUUUGAUGUUCCUGCUGGAGUAGAGGCAUCCGUCCCUUGGUUUCCAGACUUUGCACAGAGUAAAAAGAAUACUUCUCAUGCAAACACUCAAUCAAGUCUUAACAGCAAUGACCAAUCUCAUUCGUCUUGGUUGUCAGAGUCUGCUCAUAUGAACAAGAAGUCAGCUUCAGUUGGUAGUUCAAGUUUCCCGACCCUACCGGAUCCUAUAAGUCAUUCUCCCGGAGCAGGUGUUCCUUCAACCUUUUUAGUUUCGCAAGGUUCACAAAGUAAGAAGUCAGCUACUUCACAACAGAAAUUUAGUAAUCAAAAUCUUCCAGUUUGGAAUUCAUUCCAGUCUUACCAGGUCGGUGGAUCAACUAGCGGUAGUAAUGGGAGCCACACUGAUCCAUUGAUGCUCCCUCAUGCAGUAAAUCCAACUUACUGGGAUCACUUUAGUUCUUCUGUAAAGAAGCAAAUUGGUGCUGGUAGUUUGAUGUUUCCAAAUGUUCCUCCACCUAUAGAGGUAUUAAAUCACACUAUGGUUGCGGAACCAUCCAUGUCUUGGUGGCUGCCCCAAAUGAAACCAAAAUAUAAUCCCAGUAAGCAUAAAAUCUAUUCAAGUUUUCAUGAUCCAGUAGAUGGUGAUUACAUUACUCCUCAAGAAGUGGAAGAUAUAAAAACCCAGAGAAAUGUAAAUGAAGAAGAAAUCCUCAGUAAGUUCCAACUUUUUAAACAGUUUGAUACCGUUGAAGAUUUUGUGGACCAUCACUAUGCUUCCAGUGGAUCUUCAACAAAGCAGCCACCAAAGAACUGGGCAAAGAAGAUUCAGGAGGAGUGGAGAAUUCUUGAGAAGGAUUUACCAGAUACUAUUUUUGUAAGGGUGUACGAAUCAAGGAUGGAUCUCUUAAGGGCUGUGAUUAUAGGAGCAGAGGGAACUCCUUACCAUGAUGGUCUCUUCUUCUUUGAUGUUUUCUUCCCUGCUAGCUAUCCUAAAGCCCCACCACAUGUUUACUACCACUCUGGUGGACUUCGACUGAAUCCAAAUUUGUAUGGUUGUGGAAAAGUAUGCCUUAGUCUUCUUAACACUUGGUCUGGUAAUAAGAAUGAGAAGUGGAUACCUGGUAUGUCGACUAUGCUCCAAGUUCUGGUAUCUAUUCAGGCUCUAAUCUUGAAUCAGGAUCCAUACUUUAACGAGCCUGGUUGGGCUCGUCAUAAAGGCACAAAACAAGGUGCACAAUUGUCCCGACAAUACAACGAGGAUACAUUCAUUUUGUCACUGAAGACAAUGGUAUAUUCAAUGAGGAGGCCGCCAAAGCAUUUUGAGGAUUUCGUUGUGGGUCAUUUCCACCGCCGUGCUCAGGAUAUUCUUGUAGCAUGUAAAGCAUAUAUGGAUGGUGCUCAGGUAGGUUGCCUGGCAAAAGGCGGUGUUCAAGAUGUCGAUGAAGGUGACAAGAGCUGCUCAAGUAUGUUUAAGGCGUCUGUUGCAGGAUGUGUAAAUAUGCUCGUGAAAGAAUUUACUACACUCGGAGUAAAGGAUUGUGAGAAAUUCCUUACUGUCCCCAAAAGUCGGCAUAAUUGAUCUCACAAGGUUUCAGUACUGUGAACUACGUUUUAAAAUUAAAAUUUUGAAACUGGAUUAGGAAGGGUUUCAUUUAUAAAUAUGCAUAGCCAGUUUAAAUAGAGUUCUUAGCCAGUAAUUUAGAAUUGAAUUGAGCAGUGCCCUAUGCUUUCCUUCAUAGGAUGCUCACAUAUAGUCUCUGACGUUGUAAAUUGAUGCAUAUAUUGAUGGGGGCAUCGGUUCUUUUCGGAUUUUUCAAUCUGUUACGGUUUGAGCUUA